AUGGGUAAGGAGGGACCGAAAGAGAUUACCAGCGAUCACGUAUCUGGCCAAUCCAACAAGCCACUUUCGAAGCCAGCUCAUUCCCUGCAAUGGAAGCAGGUGGUGGAGGAGCUGCAGACCGAUAUCGAUGAUGGUCUGACUACGGCCGAGGCAAAGAGGAGACUCGAGGAGCAUGGCCGCAAUGAACUGGGUGAUGGAGAGGGCGUCAAUCCUGGAAAGAUUCUCACCAGGCAGAUUGCCAAUGCCAUGACACUGGUUCUGAUCCUUGCCAUGGUUGUCUCCUUUGCCAUCCAGUCAUGGAUCGAAGGAGGUGUCGUGGCCGGUGUCAUCUUCGUCAACAUUGCCGUCGGCUUCUUCCAAGAGUAUCAGGCUGCCAAAACUAUGGACUCGCUGCGAUCGCUCAGCUCACCUACAGCCCAGGCCGUUCGCGAUGGACAGUCUGUGAGCAUUCCCACUGUCGAGAUGGUCCCGGGUGAUCUGGUUGAAUUGAAGACGGGAGACACCAUUCCCGCCGACAUUCGACUUAUUGAUCCCGUCAACUUCGAGACUGACGAAGCCCUCCUCACUGGCGAGUCUCUGCCUGUCCGUAAGAACGCCAAUGAGAUCUUCGAAGAGUCCACCGGUCCUGGAGACAGGCUCAACGUUGCCUACAGCUCGUCUACGGUUACGAAGGGGCGGGCAACAGGCAUUGCCUUUGCCACGGGUAUGUUCACUGAGAUCGGCUCGAUUGCCGCUGCUCUUCGAAAGAAGGAUAGCAAACGCCGGCCGGUCAAGCAGAAGGAAGACGGCACAUCCGCAUUUUAUCACUACAUCCAAGCCGCUGUCCUGACCUGCACCGAUGCCGUCGGCCACUUCCUGGGAGUCAACGUUGGCACACCGCUGCAGAAGAAGCUGUCACGGUUAGCAGUCUUGCUCUUCCUCAUCGCUGUCAUCUGCGCUAUCAUCGUCCUCGCAGCCAACGACUUCCGCAACCAGCGCGAGGUCAUCAUCUAUGCCGUGGCUACAGGCUUGUCCAUGAUUCCAGCCUCGCUCGUCGUCGUGCUCACGAUCACAAUGGCUGCCGGUACUAAGCGCAUGGUUGAACGGAACGUUAUUGUGCGAAACUUACGUUCGCUCGAAGCGUUGGGUGGUGUCACUGAUAUCUGCUCUGAUAAGACCGGAACCCUAACCCAAGGCAAGAUGGUUGUGAAGAAAACAUGGAUUCCAGCCAAAGGCACUUACACCAUCGGAGAGAGCGACGAACCCUUCAACCCAACCAAAGGUGACAUCUCGUUCAUCGCAAAAGACCCGCGCAGCGUCCAGAUGCAGGACAAAGCUGAAAAGGCCGACUAUUCGGCGCUGCUUCAAGACAACGAGGCUUUGAAGGACUACCUCCGCGUAGCAUCACUUGCCAACCUCGCAACUGUACAUCGUACUGACGCGGGCGAGUGGCAUGCACGUGGUGACCCAACAGAGAUCGCCAUUCAAGUCUUUGCCUCACGUUUCCAAUGGAACAGACGAGCCUCUGUUGCUGGCGAGCACCCGGCCAUGAAAAUGCUUCACGAGUUCCCCUUCGAUUCCGACAUCAAGAAGAUGAGCGUCAUCUACAAGGACCUUCACACCGAGAAGAUGUACACCUAUACCAAGGGCGCAGUGGAGCGAGUCAUUGCCUCCUGCGUCACGUAUGUCAACGAAAAGGGCGAGUCCACCCCAAUGACCGAGGAAUUCCGGGAUGAGAUUCUGCAGAACAUGGAGGCUCUCGCGACACACGGUCUGCGUGUCCUUGCUCUCGCCAGCAAAGACUACAACGAGACGUACGAGGAAGGCCAAGAACUUGACCGCAACGCCGUCGAGAAGGAACUCGACUUCAAAGGUCUCGUGGGCAUCUUCGACCCUCCUCGCCCAGAAACCGCCCCAUCUGUCCGCCGCUGCCACGAAGCCGGCAUUGAAGUCCACAUGCUCACGGGCGACCACCCAGGCACAGCGCGAGCAAUCGCCUCCCAAGUUGGCAUCCUACCCUCCAAAAUGUACGAACUCAGCAAAGAUGUCACCGACUCCAUGGUCAUGACCGCUUCCCAAUUCGACGCCCUCAGCGACUCGGACAUUGACAACCUCCCUGUCCUGCCUCUCGUAAUUGCGAGAUGUGCUCCGAACACCAAAGUCCGCAUGAUCGAAGCCCUCCACCGACGCAACCGCUUCUGCGCCAUGACCGGUGACGGCGUCAACGACAGCCCUUCUCUCAAACGCGCAGACGUCGGCAUCGCCAUGGGCCAAGCAGGCUCAGACGUUGCAAAGGACGCCUCAGAUAUCAUCCUCACGGACGACAACUUCGCCUCGAUCCUCGCAGCCGUGGAAGAAGGCCGACGCACCUUCGACAACAUCCAAAAAUUCGUCCUCCACCUCCUCGCGCAAAACAUCUCCCAAGCGCUCGUCCUCCUCAUCGGCCUCGCCUUCAAGGAUGCCGAGUCCCUCUCCGUCUUCCCUAUCUCCCCCAUCGAGAUCCUCUGGGUCAUCAUGAUCACCUCGGGCAUCCCAGACAUGGGCUUAGGAUUCCAAGAAAAAGCCCCCGACGUCCUCCAACGGCCCCCACACAACCUCAAGCGCGGCAUCUUCAGCGUCGAACUCAUGAUCGACAUGCUCGUCAUGGGCAUCUGGCUGGCCGCCCUCUGCCUCACCGCCUUCGUCCUCGUCCUGUACCCCUGGGGCGGCGGCGAAAUCGGCUACCGCUGCAACGAAUCCAUCGGCGACGGCUGCGACACCAUCUUCCGCGCGCGCGCCACCUGCUUCGCGUGCCUGACGUGGUUCUCCCUCUUCCUCGCCUGGGAAGUCGUCGACAUGCGCCGCUCCUUCUUCCGGAUGCAGCCCAACUCCGACCGCUACUUCACACAAUGGAUGCUCGACGUGUGGCGCAACAAAUUCCUCUUCUGGGCCAUCAUGGCGGGCUUCAUCACCAUCUUCCCUAUCCUCUACAUCCCCGUUAUCAAUCGGCAGGUUUUCCGCCAUACGGGAAUCAGCUGGGAGUGGGGGAUUGUGUUUGUGGCGAGUUUGUUGUUCUUCCUCGGUGUGGAGGGGUGGAAGUGGGCGAAGAGGGUGUAUUUCCGACGGGGCAAGAAGGGGAAUCAUGGGGGCAGGCAGGAUAGUGUGGAUUUGGAGAGUCGGGUUUUUGAGAGGUGGUUGAGUAUGGAUAGUGAGAAGGUUUCGAAAAUUUAG